AUGGGAAAGAGCGGUAGAUCACCAUUGAAGGAAAACAAUCCUAACACGAUGGGAGCACAUCUGAAUAAUCCGAAAAAGAGGUCACUUGAUUUGUUGGAGCUAGAAGUGUCGAAUAGACAGAAACAACGGACGUUAAGGACCAUAGAGGGAGCGAUUGCGCAUCCGCCAAAUGCGCUUUUGAAGACGAUGCAAGGAGGCGCGACUGCUGGUGCAUCUGCUGGUGGUACUUCUGUUGCGAAUGCGCUUGGUGUUAUUAGCACGGGUACGAAAUUGAGUGCUCCUGGUGGUGUGGCGGCUUCUGUAUCUGGGUCUGUGUCUGGGUCUGCAUCCGCUGUUGAAAAGACUGGUAAUGAACGUGGAGUUAACGGGACGAACACGAAAGCUCAAACGCAACGUCUAAGUAACAAGGAACUCAUAGACUGGCAAAAUAAUUGGAGAAGGAUAAUGAAACGUGACACAUAUAUAUACUUUGACUGCUCGGAAACAGCAAACGAUAACCGUAAAGAUGUUUUGCGCCGAUCGUUCUCUACACUGGGAGCUAAGAUCAAACAGUUCUUCGACCAUGAAGUGACAAUUGUGAUCACAUCCAGAAAGAUUACAAAUUACUCGCAUUUACCAUCUACGGAUAUUCUAACAAGGGCGCACAAGCGCGGGUAUAUGAAGAUAUGGACGUUGGAAAAGGCAGCGCGGUUCUUGACAAACAUGGAUGUCGACUUGAAGGAAAUGGAACGGGAUAGCAUCAAUGGGAAAGGACUGCCGACUUCCAACUUGCUGAACCUCCUAGAGAAUGAGAAGUUAUUCGGUAGUAACGAACGAGACCCGAAAGCUAAGAGAGAAGAUUUGCAUUAUUUUAAGCAUCCGCAUGUGUACCUGUAUGAUUUAUCCCAGAUUAACGCACCAUUGAUCACUUUGGAAUGGAAACAGCAGGAUAUCAAUUCAAACAGUAAGAAGCACAUCUACCCAGUCAUUUAUCCUGGCUCUUUCGGUCGUUGUCCAUUUCUGGGAGACGACACAACGGACGAAUUGCAGCCACGUCGAAUAAUAAAGCGUUACAAGCGUGAUAAGGCGAACGAAUCGUAUGCAAUGAAGCUUAGACUCUUGUACCAAACAAGUGCUGAGCCAGCUGCAUUGCCAACGGCAGAUGUCGAUGAGUUGGAUUCGAACCCUGAAAACGACCGUGAACCAAUUAUUCUUCCAUAUCAAAACAUCUACAAUAAUUCGACAACACAGUACAACAAACUGGUAAGCUCCAUGGCUCGUUUCAAACAGCCAAAAUUACCCAGGGGCGAUACUUUUGACGAUGAUGAAAUGCCAUAUGGUGCUGGUGCAGCUGCUGGUGGUGCAGGAGGAUACAAGAACAAAUUUCAGCAGGAAAUUCGAGCAAGUGGUGUUCAAUCGGUUGAUGCAAAUAGCAACGGUACUGCAACUACUGGAAAUGGUCUUGAACCGGUGAAAGCCUCUAACUUGAACAAGGACCUUCUUUCUUUGAAGAGAAUGGUCAUUGAGCGUAAAACUCUUCUCAACACCAACACUAACGCUAACACCAAUUCCAAUUCCAAUUCCAACUCUACGUCUACUGUUAAUACAAAUAACAAAGUCAAUGGGAAAAACACAACAAUCGUUGCUGAAACAAAAAGUAAAUCUGUAAGCACAGGUGUACUUGCUAAUGCCGCAGACGCAUCUACGGCUGUCAGUAAUGCUACUACUUCUGCUUCUACUAAGGCUACUUCCGCUAAGGCUACUUCUACUUCAGUAACACAACAAAGGGUGCACCAGCCCAUAGGCAAGCAAAAUCCUGGCUACUGCGAAAAUUGUAAAGUGAAGUAUGAUUCGUUGGAAACUCAUGUCAAUACCGAAAGGCAUACAAGCUUCGCAAAUAAAGAUUCGUAUUUCGAAGGUGUAGAUGCAAUGAUCCAAUGUGUACGCCAGUUCAGAGACAUCAAUUCGGCCUAG